AUGACACUGCGCGAGACGAUCGAAGAUAACCUGUCCUCACAGCCCAUCUCUACUGAUGAGUUGCCCAGGAGGCGUCACGUCUUGGACCUGGACGACUAUUCCAGGGAAGAACUGGAGGCGACCCUGGAAUCCGCCAACGGCAUGGCGGAGGUGUUGGGUCGCGACAUCAAGAAGGUGCCGGCACUGCGGGGAAAGGUAAUAGUGACCAUGUUCCACGAGGCCAGCACCCGCACACGGGUUUCAUUCGAAGAGGCAGGCAAGGUUCUCAGCGCGGACGUGAUCAACGUGAGCGCCUCCGGCAGCAGCACCGACAAGGGUGAAUCCCUGCUGAAUACGGGUCUGACCCUGCAGGCGAUGGGGGUGGACACACUGGUGGUCAGGCAUCCUCACUCGGGCGCCCCCAACUUCCUGGCCCGCAACCUGGACAGGGUCAACAUCGUGAACGCGGGAGACGGCCUGCACGCUCACCCUACCCAGGCGCUGCUGGAUCUGUACACAGUCCAGUCCCGGCUGGGACAGAUCGAUGGGCUGAAGAUCGUGAUAGUAGGGGAUGUUCUACACAGCCGGGUGGCCCGCUCCGAUAUCUGGGGGUUUGCCAAAAUGGGCGCCCGCGUGGUGCUCUCCGGCCCCAGAACGCUGAUGCCGCCGGACUUCGUGAACGAUAGCCUGCCGGACGCAAACAGCGAAGGACUGGCAUCGCAGGUUGAGGUGGACACCGAUCUGGACCGGGCGGUGGAAGGCGCAGACGUGGUGAUGGCCUUACGUUUGCAAUCGGAACGGCAGCGGGGCGGGUUCCUGCCCAGCAUUCGGGAGUACAUCCGGCGAUGGCAGGUCAACGACGCCCGCUUAUUGAGAGCCAAGCCGCAUGUGCUGGUGAUGCAUCCUGGCCCGAUGAAUGAGGGGAUCGAAAUUAGCUCCGGCCUAGCGCACGGCAGCCGGUCUGCAAUAGAGGAACAGGUGACCGCUGGCGUUGCUGUAAGAAUGGCUGUGCUGUAUCAACUGAACGCCGGGGCCGGUGAAUAA